AUGACCUCUUCGUUGAGUGAUGGAGACCCUCUUCAGUCGCCAAAUAAUCUGUCGUCUGAGUCGAUACCGACCCUCGAGGUGCCCAAGUCGAGAUCACCUGCGAGAAAUGAAUCACCCGAGACAUCCACCACGAGCCUCCCUCUCCGCACGUCGAGCCCUCCCGCCCUAGGUCUUCGGGCGAGCACUCUUUCCGAUGCCCUAUCACGUUCCAGUUCUCCCAAUGGGAGACUGUCGUUGUCAUUCUCACGAUUCGGGCGUUCGCAAACGCACAGUCCACUAGGAAACCCAUCGGUGACAUACGACGACACGAGAUCCCUCAUCGUGCGCGCAUUUUCACCCACGGUCGCGAUCUACGCAUCCCCAGAAGUCGACGAACUCGCGACACGAAAGGGCGUGAAGAAAGGCUUCUUGGGCCUUGUUCGCCCUUUCGGCGACAGGAUCAACGGCAAGGUCGUGGUGCGGGACAGUGCCGGCGCAAGUCGGGCAUGGGAAGACUUUGGCGUCCAUUUUGCGGACCUGGGCCAGCUGGCCAAAGAUGGCGCAUCCUCACAGGCGGGAUCUGACUUCACAGAGAGGGUGGAGGAGUUGAUAGAACACUAUGUGGGUGAAGGCUUCAACGAGGCCGAAGACGUGCCAGGACGGGGUGAAGCGUCGCCCUUUUAUCGGCUGUUCCUGGGCCGACUUCUGUGCUCUCAAUCCAUGAGCCCGCACGAGUCCUUUCGACAUCCGGUCGGCGCUGUCAUCGCCAUCAGUUCAGCCACGAACCAACCGAUCGAGACCCUCCGCUCUCUCUAUCAGCAAUCAGCAUCGGGGUCACGAGCGUUGCCUGCUUACGCGAAUCCUGAAUAUCUGAGAUACUAUGUGCUCGUCCACGAUGAAGAUCGAGACGACUUCGCCAAAUCGUCGGCCCUCUUCGACCAGAUGAAGCGCCAUUUUGGCCUCCACUGCCACCUGCUCAGGCUGAGGUCAGCCUCAUGCACGCAGUCUGACGACGAUGCUGAAGAACUCCCCACCAGCGAAUGGCUUUCGGCGGCGGAGCAGCUCUCCUUGUUGGACGACAACGCGGAUCUCGUCGACCUGGAUAGUUCCACAUCACCGUAUAUCUUCUCUUCGGACACGACGGCGCUGCGGGGAUUUGUGCGCGAGCUCAUCGCCCAAUCUGUCAUCUACCAUAUGGAGCAGAGGAUUGCCCUGUGGAACGAGCAGAUAGCCGCAAGACGCCGAGGAAUUUCCGGCCGAUUCAUGUCGCUCUCGAAGCGAUGGACUGGACUUGGCGGCCCGUCCCGAAGCUCAUCCGCUUCGUCGAAUGUCACUACCAGCGGCAAUUAUGACAGCCAGCAAGGGACAUAUCGAUACGAUGCUCCGGAGAGCCUGUUACGGAAGCUAGCUGACUAUGCGUUUAUGCUACGCGAUUACAAACUGGCAGCGUCCACCUACGAGUUGCUCCGUGGAGACUACUCGAAUGACAAGGCAUGGAAGCACCUGGCCGGAACGAACGAAAUGUGCUGCGUAGCUACACUGCUGAAUCCGCUCACCAGCAGUGGCAGUUCCAAGUUCAAGGUCGAAAAUUUCGACACGAUGCUGGAAACAGCCAGCUAUUCAUACCUGGCGCGGUGCAAUGCUCCACAUUUGGCGUUGCGCGCCAUUUUGCUUGGGGUAGAGCUUUUGAAGGUGCGCGGCCGUGCGGCGAGCGAGCUAGCUGCCAAAUGGGCCACGCGGAGUCUCGAAUUAAGCUUGGUCGGUAGUGUCGGUCAUGUCCUGGUUAGUGAGCGCGUGGCUUCUUGUCUCGCGGAACGGAUCGGCAUCGGCAACACCAGCUGGGGCACGCGGAAGCGGAAAGCAGCGCUCUGGAACAUCAUGGCUGCAGACGAGUGGAUGAAAUUGGGCCGAGCAGAGAUCGCCGCGGGGAAGCUUGACGAGGCGCAAGAGCUCUAUGGCGAGACAAGACACAGCGAGUCGCACAAACAGUUCCACGAUCUGGCCGAAUACCUCGAGCAGCUGCGCCUCGCUGUGCGAAUGAAGCUCGGGGAAGCGCGGAAAAGAGGAUUCAGUGGCGCCACCCGACAACUUGAGCUCGAAGGGCCGGUUGAGUCGCCAGCCGAUGUUGAGGACGAGACUGUCGAGGAGAUGAACUCGUUGGAGAACACCGAGAGUAGGGGCCGUCGGAGGAGUCUCUUGGCGGUUGGCGCCGGAGCGGGCGGAGCGAGUCUAAUAGAGCCUCUCACUCCGUUGAGUCCAGCUCGAUUAGGGCGACCGGACAAGUUCUUGCAGGAUGAUGACUUUGAAUGA